UCAAGUCAGCUGACUUGGGAGUCAUGAGACUGUGGACGGCUAAAGUUGGGGGUUGACGCGAAACAGUGUCUUUCUUCUGUAUUCCCGCCUUCCAAUCUUGCUGCGUUCAAUUUUGUGUUAUGUUCGCCGUGCUGUUGUUGCAUCUCCUGUAUGCAGGAUUUGGAUCAUCCAUCGCACCCCAGAGGAGCUUUGCGAUUGAUUAUGACCACAACUGCUUUCUCAAGGAUGGGAAACCAUUCCACUACAUCUCAGGCAGCAUCCAUUAUUUCCGUGUUCCCCAGUACUACUGGAAAGACCGCCUCUUGAAGAUGAAAAUGGCAGGCCUUGAUGCUAUUCAGACGUAUGUGCCGUGGAACUUUCAUGAACCUGAGCCAGGAGUUUACAAUUUCACUGGUGACAGAGAUCUGGAGUAUUUCCUACAGCUUGCUGAAGAGCUUGGCUUGUUAGUCAUACUGAGAGCAGGACCUUAUAUAUGUGCAGAAUGGGACAUGGGAGGUCUACCUGCCUGGUUAUUGGAAAAAGAAUCUAUUGCCCUUAGAUCUUCCGAUUCAGACUACUUGGCAGCUGUAGGAAGGUGGAUGGGGGUCUUAUUACCAAAGAUGAAGGUUCAUCUUUAUCAGAAUGGGGGCCCUGUUAUUAUGGUGCAGGUUGAAAACGAAUAUGGAAGUUACUUUGCCUGCGAUUUUGAUUACCUUCGUUACCUGCAGAAUCUUUUUCGUCAGCACCUUGGGGAUGAAGUGGUGCUAUUUACCACAGAUGGUGCAAGCACAUAUUUCUUGAGAUGUGGCGCUCUUCAAGGCCUUUAUUCAACUGUGGAUUUUGGACCAGGUGGUAAUGUCACGGCAGCAUUUUUAUUUCAGAGACACAGUGAGCCUAAAGGCCCCUUGGUCAAUUCUGAGUUCUACACGGGCUGGCUGGAUCAUUGGGGUCAUUGUCAUGUUGUCGUACCAUCAUCAAUUAUAACUAAAACCCUUAGUGAAAUUCUGGCGCGUGGCGCUAAUGUUAACAUGUACAUGUUCAUAGGAGGAACUAAUUUUGGCUAUUGGAAUGAGAAGGCAAGAAAACAUCUGUUGAAAUUUGUGGCAUCAAAUGCAAAAGUGAUAAAAGGAAGUCUUACCACAUGGUGGGUCAUCAUAGCGUUGAGAUCUGCUUUCAGGAAAAUAUGGGACAGACAAAGCAGAGGAAUAGUCAGAAGAGUGAGACACCUGUGUUUACUGCUAGGAGCCAAUAUGCCUUUUGCAGCACAGCCAACUAGUUAUGAUUAUGAUGCCCCACUGACUGAAGCAGGAGACCUCACUGAGAAGUACUUUGCUAUUAGGGAAGUCAUCGGCAUGUAUAAGAAAAUACCAAAGGGCCCUAUACCUCCAACAACUCCCAAGUUUGCCUAUGGAGAAGUUCCACUGGAGAAGGUGGGGACAGUAAAGGAUCUUCUGAAUGACCUUUCACCAUCUGGACCAAUUAAAAGCAUCUACCCUUUAACAUUUGUCCAAGUGAAGCAGUACUUUGGGUAUGUAUUAUACAGAACUAAGCUACCAAGAAACUGUAGUGAAGAAACUCCACUCUCUUCAGUAUUUAAUGGAAUUCAUGAUCGUGCUUAUGUCAUUGUGGAUGGGAUUCCUCAGGGAGUCCUUGAAAGAAACAAACUGUUAAAGCUAAAUAUAACUGGGAAUGCUGGAGCAUACUUGGAUUUGUUGGUAGAGAAUAUGGGUCGAGUAAAUUUUGGAAGAUUCAACAAGGACUUCAAGGGCUUGAUUUCAAAUUUAAGUCUUGCCAACGAGAUACUCACUGACUGGGAGAUAUAUCCAUUGGACAUAGACAGAGCUGUGGGCCAGGGCCUUAAAAAUGAGAUGUCUAGUGGGAAUAGUUCAAGCUAUGAAGAGCCUUCUUUUUAUGUUGGCAGUUUUUCUAUUCCUAGUGGAAUCCCCGACUUACCUCAGGACACAUACAUCAUGUUUCCUGGAUGGACAAAGGGACAAGUCUGGAUCAAUGGCUUUAACUUAGGACGCUACUGGCCAGCCCGUGGACCUCAACUAACACUGUUUGUUCCAAGCAACAUCCUUGUUUCAUCCUCUCCAAACAAUAUUACAGUUCUGGAGCUGGAGAAGUCUCCUUGUGGCAUUCAGAAAUGUUUGGUAGAGUUUGUAGACAAACCCAUUCUCAAUGCAACUCUUCACUAUGAAACCAAUACUGAGAAACUGUUCACUAGAGACUUAUGGUUGAAUCAUAUCUGAUUAUGCUAGAAUGCCUCUUUACAUCUUCGUUUAUUCAGCAGACCCUCCAUUUCCUACUUGAUCAGUUGUGAGGGGAUGGAAAUCAGUGUUUUAAAAAUCCAGUGGGAAAUAUUCGUUCUUUUAAAAGUGAAAAUCUUGCCUUUGUUUUCAGCAGGAAAAGAAUUGAUUCUAUAGAUGCCAAAUGGUAAACAAAGAAAUAAACAGGCUAUCAGUUUAUUUAAUCACCUAUUGAACACAUAUCCGAAUCGGAUCUCUUUUCUUGUGCAUUUUCAGGUGUUGCCCUUUUACUUAUUGUAGCCAGACCUGUAAUGUUUGGGUUCUUAGCUUGAUGGAUGGUGCUAAAGCCUGAGUAGAUUACUACAUGAAAAUGAACUACAAAAUGUAAGGGCUCUUACAAACAUCAUUUUGGUUUUUUGAGAAUUUUUUCCACAUUUUGAUAUAAUAUGCAUCAUAAAAAACUCAUUGACAUUUAAAUAGCAAUUGUGCUGUGGGUGGUGAGCCUUCAACAUUUGGGCAAAAUCUGGUUUUAUCACACAUAUGUCAGCAUCUCUUUUUGCCUUCUGCAUACAUCUAUGUAUGUAUGUCCGUAUGUAUAUAUAUCCAUCAUUGGCGACACUCGUGGCCGAGUAAGAUUGUCUUCCAGGGUAAGGUCUUUAACAGUGGGUCCAUAAGUGACUGUGGAGGCCAAUUCUGGAUCCACACAGCCUCCCACAGUGAGGACAUAGGUUUCCAGAUGGAAGAUGGUCACGAUGAGGAUUUGGUGGACGUGCCUUCCACUUAGCUUGUUUGUCCCUUUUGCCCUGUACUCGUGCUUCUUCAAAGUCCAUAGCACCUUUGAUAAUGGCCAACCUCCAAUUGGGACGCUCAUGGGCCAAGGCUUCCCAGUUCUCGAUGCUCAUGUUACAUUUUUUUAGAUUAGCUUUGAGAACAUCUUUAAACCUCUUUUGCUGUCCACUGAUAUUCCAUUUUCCACCCUUAAGUUGGGAGUAAAGUAGCUGCUUUGGAAGACGGUGAUCAGGCAUUCGAACAACAUGGCCAGUCCAGCGAAGUUGAUGUUGGAGGAUCAUUGUUUCAACACUGGUGGUCUUUGCUUCUUCCAAUACGCUAACAUUAGUCCACCUAUCUUCCCAAGUAAUUUGCAGAAUUUUCCGGAGGCAGCGUUGGUGGAAUCUUUCAAGAAGUUGGGAGUGGCGUUUAUAGAUGGUCCAUGUGUCACCUGUCAAGGUUGGCUUUGGGGUGGGGCCAGAAAAAGAUACGGUCCCUGGAGCCAAAAAGGUACCUCUUCCCUGAUCUAAUACAUGUUGAAGUUAAGGAAAUUGUUACUAUUCCACACUGCGGUGCUUCUCUGUGUCCUUCCAACAGGUAUAGAUCUCCAAAUAACCAGAUGGAACCAACUCCAGUGUAGGUUCCAGAUCUUGGAUGUUGUCUUGAAGCUGAUUGUGUGCCUCUUACAAUUCAGACAACACCUUUGCACAUUUUCUUUGAUCAUGAGAGGUCUUGUCAUAGCACACUCUCUUAAAGUUAUAACAUGAACCAUGGCCUUAGCAAACAAGUCUUGCAUGGCCAAAAUAAUGUUUGUAUAACUACACAGUCUGAUUCUUAGGGAAACAGUUGCUAUGAUAGCUGCAAAUUCCUCCAUGACACCUUUUCCAGUUCAUUUCAGGGGACAGGGGACAAUUCCCUUUCUUUCCUAUCUGUAUAUUUCAGGAGACCAUAUGCGCUGCUACUUGAUAGACAGUAGAGAUAACUCCAUUUUUGCUAAUGUUUUAAGGAAUCUUAAAGCAUAUUAUGUACACUGUGACUGUGUCACCCUCUUCUUCCUGCUUACUCUUAUGUGUUGCACAAGAAUGACUACUUCUAUGAAAUCUCUCUCUUUCCCCUCUGUCUCUCUUUUGUGUCUUAGUUAAGUCUUCGCUGGACUUCCAUCAUAUAUAACUUUCCCCAGGGCUGAUUCACACCUACAUGUACAUUGUUUGAUGACUUUAUUGCUUAUUUGAUGAAUUUAUUGCUCUUUGACUCACACAUUUGUGUCUUACUCUUUUUUCAAGGAGUUCAGGGUAACAUAAGUGGAAUUAACCCAUUUUAGCUUCACAACAACUCUGUGAUAUAGGUUAUCUUGGGAUGAAGAGUUGUCUAAAGUAACUUGGGGACUGCCAUGGCUUAGAAUCUUUUCACACUUUGCACAGCAGUCCAGACACACUGUUCCACCAGUGUUUGCCAUGCUGACACACAAUCUGAAGGGUUGUAUGUAUUCUCAAAUAUGGAGAGGGACACAACAGGGAGAUACAGUUGCCCACAGCUUCUUUUUGCAUGUCUACUAAUAUAUCUGCAGUGCUGUAUAAAGUAUGAGAUGGCUCUAAGUGCAGAUGUGAACUCAGAUUCCUAUCCUGGUUCAAGUUUCAUGGCCAGACAACCGUGCUAUAUUAGGGAAGGGCCAUAGCUCAGUGCUAGAACAUGUCUUGCAUGCAAAAAGUCUCAACUCCUACCAUUUCCAGCUAGGGCUGAGAAAGAGUCCUGUCUGAAAUCCUGGAGAGCUGCUGCCAAUCAGUAUAGAUGAACUUCAGCUAGAUGAACCAAUGGUCUGACUUGGUAUCUGUGAAUUCUCUGUGUAACUUAGAAGUAUUGUGUUUUAGUAUGAAAGUACUGUAUUUGGUAUUUGAUAUGUAAUGGCUAUUUCACACGUGUGAACACUUGCAGUCAAGUGAAAAGCAUACAUGUAUGCCUGAUGGAGGUGUGUCAUCAUGACAGAGUUUGCAAACCCUUUGCUCUAGUCUAGACAUAGCCUGAUGGAUUGAUUCUAUUGUAUGCGCUAUUUCUAAAAUCAUAUACUUGAAGAUUAGCAUUUCCUCUAUUUUUACAGUUUUAAACAAUUUGACUUAAUAAUGGUCAGAAAUAGCAUUAAACAGAGAUAAAGUGUAAAGAAGAGUUUGACAUUAAACAUAGAUAAAGUAAAGAGGUAGACUCUCCUACCUGAAGAGAUUUAUUGAGAACUUUCUUGCCAUGGAUUUUAGAGAUUUUUAACAGAACCCUUUAUUACCUCUACUUUUUUCAUUCAUUCAUUAGUUGCUUCCACAUUAGCUGUUAGUCAGAAAUUGCCAUUCUUUAGUCAUACUAUGUAUGUAUGUAUACUUAAGCAAGCAGGGAGACCCACCUGUUUGGGUCAGAUGAUACUACUGAGCUUUAUGUAACUUUAGGAAUUGGUGCCUGAAUUUGCUUGCUUUCCUCAUUCCUCCCCAUCCCGUUUAUUUUUUAGACAUGUCUAUUAGAUUGUGAGCCUGUACACCAGGGGUGGGGAACCUUUUAUGACUGGUGGCCCAGGUGAUUAUCUUCCCAUCCCUGCUGAGCCAAAUUUGAUGGGUGGGACCGCUUACCUGUCAGUCACCUGAUGUCACUUUGAGGCUUCAGUAAUUGGGACUUCAAAGUGCAACGCGGGGCUGUUUGAAAACCCUCUUGUAAGCAUCCCCUGGAAGCUCAACGAGGAGCAAUGGGCUGCUUGCAAAAGGGCUUUCAAACAGCCCCAUACUACUCAUUAAACCUCUGGUACUGUAGCUUGAACAGCAAACAAUUAAAGGCAGAAGCUGCAAGAUGGAAGCAUCCACGUAAAGUUGCUGGGGACUUUUGCUGUACAAAUCACAUUAAGCAUUAUAGAAGGAUCUUGGUCAUGAAGACAGGCUUGCCAGAUAAUACAUCCAUUUUGCAGAACCAGCAUUUUAAUUCUGCUGAAACAGUGCCUUACGUACUAAAGGGCCCUAGUGUGGAUGGAAGCAACCUCUAUUUCUGUCCAGUUAGUAUCAAAGUGCCUGACCAUCACUACUACAGGAAUUUUUAUUGUUUCCAAUCAUUGAAGCUGCUUUUCUUUUGCAAACUGUAUUAUUUAUUUACUUUAACAGCUGCUGUCAAACUGUUAGCUUUUGCAAAAGAGCCAGUAAACCAUGUAAGAGAAGUCUUAAAAUAAGAAUUAAUGCUCAACACUGUGGUAUUAAAAUAUUUUCAUAGGA